CGGAAGUGCUGCCGCGGCGACGCGAAGCCACGUGCGGCGCCUCCAGGAGUUGGAGGGCGACGAGCGUCGCCGGUGAGGCUCGGCCGGGCCACGGUGGCAGAGCGCGGGUAGUGUAGGGGGCGUCUCCCAGGCGGGCCCUGCACGUCCCGGCAGCCCCACGUGGCCGCGCCCAGCCCUGUUGCCGGCCUGGCCUGAGCCGCCGCCCGCGGCCUCUACGCAGGCCAGGCCGUUGUUCCUGUUUACUGCCCGCUGCACGGCCCCGGCCUUCGCUUGGGGAACCUGUGCAUUUGCAUCGCCCCGUCAUCCGUCUGCCCAGGAGCCCGCCACGGGGGAGAGUGAAGAGAGAGGGGAGUUCUGCCUGGCCUGGAGGUCCCCGGCACCUGCCGGACCAACAGCACCAUGAGCUUCGUGGCCUACGAGGAGCUGAUCAAAGAGGGUGACACAGCCAUCCUGUCCCUGGGCCAUGGCGCGAUGGUGGCCGUACGGGUGCAGCGUGGGGCCCAGACCCAGACCCGGCACGGUGUCCUGCGCCACUCAGUAGACCUCAUCGGCCGCCCCUUCGGCUCCAAGGUGACCUGCGGCAGAGGCGGCUGGGUGUAUGUGCUGCACCCCACGCCGGAGCUCUGGACACUGAACCUCCCACACCGCACCCAGAUCCUCUACUCCACCGACAUCGCCCUGCUCACCAUGAUGCUGGAGCUUCGGCCUGGCUCCGUGGUCUGUGAAUCCGGCACCGGCAGCGGCUCCGUGUCCCACGCCAUCAUCCGCACCAUCGCACCCACGGGCCACCUGCACACGGUGGAGUUCCACCAACAGCGGGCAGAGAAGGCGCGGGAGGAGUUCCAGGAGCACCGCGUGGGCCGCUGGGUGACCGUGCGGAACCAGGACGUGUGCCGCAGUGGAUUCGGCGUGAGCCACGUGGCGGACGCCGUCUUCCUGGACAUCCCCUCGCCUUGGGAGGCCGUGGGGCAUGCCUGGGACGCCCUCAAGGUCGAAGGUGGGCGCUUCUGCUCCUUCUCGCCCUGCAUCGAGCAGGUUCAGCGCACGUGCCAGGCGCUGGCGGCCUGCGGCUUCUCGGAGCUGAGCACCCUGGAGGUGCUGCCCCAGGUCUACAACGUGCGCACCAUCAGCCUGCCGGCGCCCGACCUGGGGGCCAGCCCCGGCCCCGACGCCGGCCCCUUCCGCAGCGGCACGCCCAUGAAGGAGACCGUGGGCCACACCGGCUACCUGACCUUUGCCACCAAGACUCCGGGCUAGGGUUAGGGCUAGGGUUAGGGUUAGGGCUAGGGCUAGGGAGCCGCCCCCCGGGAGCUCCGGGGAGCUGGAGGUGAAACCGGGCCAGAGACUGCCUUGUAUGGUCAGCGGCUGCCUGCUGGGCCGGUGUUUAGAAAUGGACUUGGAGCGGGGAGGGUGGAGCAACGGGGCCUCCCUGACAGCUGGCAGGGUGGCGGGUGGGGGGGCUGCCGCCGUGGAGCAGCAUCACGGCCCUGGGGGAAGCGCUCCCACCCGCGGCCCCCUGAAGUCAGUGUGCCCGCUCUGCCGUCUCGUGGCCUCGCGGUCUUCAUUGCCGCGGGCUCCUCCGGGUGGGCAUGUGGCCGGCGCGGGUUUGACCCUCUUGGGUGACCCCAAACAGGUAGGGCGGAGGAGGAGGCCCAGGGAUGUAGGCCUUGCGCCCAGGACCCCCACCGCCUGGCUGCCAGCAGAGCUGUGGCCCUGCCGCCUAGCCUCAGGCCCGACCCCCGACCGGGCACUGUGCGAGCCAUGUGCCCAGGUUCCCUCCUGGCAGGCCCCACCCACCACCUGGCUUUUCCACCCAGUAAGCACCUGCUCCGCAGCCCGGCCCGGCCAGAGCCCGUGUGCGAAUCCGUGAGAAGACAGUGUCACUCUGCGGAGAGCAGAACGGACGCGGGCUGCCUCCUGGCGGCCGGCGGUGCUAGAGCUGGUCCGCGUGCCUGCCCGGAGGGGCCCUGGGGUCCUGGACUGAGCGCUGCCCCGCCCUGCCCGGCCUCCAGCUCUGUGUGGCGCCCCCCCCCCCCCCGCCCCAACCCUGUUUCACAAAAGGUCUGGGUGCCUGCCCUGGUUUCAGCCAGCCGGCAGGAGCCUCAGUGACCCCGUGUUGGCACAAGAGCCCCAGGGGCCCGUGCUGGCCUGGGACUGCUGCCCGACCACGCCCGGCGGAGAAAUAAACGCUGUUGCCCCCACCGCA